AUGUUGAAAAGCGGUGAUGCCGAUAAAAUAUACUUAGUUAAUAAAGGCGCGAUAAAUAUUCGCCAUAAAAUAGAAAAAGAGGAUGUUUAUUACAAUGAAAAGUUAGAAAAAACUUUCGACAGUAAUUACCGCCGUAUAGCGACUUUAAUUUCGAGAAAACCGAUUACUGAAGACUACAUCAGUUUGUACAAAAACAUAAAUGAAAUUGAUACAAACAAGUGUUUUACAUCCGAUGGAAAUGAUUUGUUAAAUCUAAGUCCUUGUUUAAACAUGAAUUUCACUGGUAUAAUGAAUUCUAAUAUUCACGAUCCGGCUUUUUUCUGUUCUUGGCUGGAGCAUGAUUCUAUAAAAAGCAACGUAGUCGUUUGUGAUGCAAAAAUGUCUUUAAGAAAAAUUUUUUUGGGAAUAUUGUCGUUACACAGGAGCUCAGAUGAUUAUGGCGAAUGGAUUGGAGUCGAAAAUGUCGCGGAUUUGGAAGAAAAAAUUAAUGAAAAAUUGAAAAAUCUUUCAGUAAAGUAA